CGGACGUCUUUUAUGACAAUUUCUUUAAAAAGCCCCCGAUAAUAGCUGCACUUUUAAAAGAAAAAAGCGGUCAUAAACUACCGACCAGGGCCCGGUUGCAUAAACCUACACUUAAGUGCCCACUUAAGUAGGUCACUUACGAAUCCGUUAUGGGUACACUUACGUGUGCUGCAUGAAACGCCCUUAGCACUCUCGUAAGUUUCUGUUUUACGUGGUAACUUACGGGCUCACUUAAAGGCACACGUAACUUUGAUGUAGUACUUCAUUAAUGACUCUUUUUUUUUUUAAGCUAGCCAUCGGUGAGUGUAAAGAAAGUUUUAAGUCGUUUCGAACACUUUUAAGCCUCUCAAAAAAAUGAAAUUUGCAUGCAGACGUUAUUUUUCUUCCAUAUCUACUGAAAAUGAUAGUUCUUCUUCUUUUUCCACAACGUCGGCUUUAAAGUGUACAUCAGAGGUUACAAAGCGCAUUAGAGCGAAUAACGUGAAGAAAAAUACUUUUUUUCACUUCUCAGUAAAAGAUCUCCUCAAGUUUAGUAAAAACAGUAACGAUACGGGACCUACAUAGGUCCCGUAAAUUUACGUGCUAUUUUUCCCAAAGAAAGGUUUUAUGCAACACCUGCAAUUUCUGUUGCAUAAACGACACUUAAGUGAACACUUCCAAAAAUCGUAAGUGCAACCACUUAAGUGAAUUCCCUAAGUGGACCACUUAAGUAAUUUAAUGCAACUGACUUAAGUUACGAGUCCACGUACGCGUACCCGUAGUUGUUACGGGCGUUUUAUGCAACCGGGCCCAGAAGAACAACCACUCUUUAUUAAGUGGGGAAAGCCUCUGUAUUUCGCUGCCCACAGAAACGUAAGCAGUACCGAAGAACUAUAAGGUAAGUAUACCCGACUCUCAGGAAGCAAUUCUGAAAGCAAAACGCGUUGCAUUUUCUGAUUAUACUGCGGCCUUUGUCCUUAAGCUUUAUUGUUUGAUGUGGCGAAUUUCUAUACAGUGAUAGUGUCUUUUUAGCGUCUUUAAAUUGGUAAUGUAAAGUAGGCUGAUAAUUGGAAGGUUGGAUUCCCUGGAAAUGAAUCAAAGACUCGUUGACGCAGUGCACAAACUGCAAAUUCCUCUAACUAGGUUACCCUCAACAGACCUAAGCCAACUGUGGCCAGUAAGACAGAAAUUAAGCCAGCUAAAUCGGCUCAAAAUAUGUCAUUUUCUCACACAAAUUACAAGAGUGAACAAAUUUACACCGUUACCUACAACUAUAUUUUUCAUGAAAACGUUAGUAAUGUAAAUCAUUUCUCAGUUGGGCGUCAUUUUAACCUGACAAGACUAUUUUGGGUCAAAGCUAAUAAAUUAUUAAUUCUUUUCCAUUUUGCAACUGUUAUGUUGCAGCAGGAACGGUGUUGGGUUUCAAAAAAAUGGGGAUAAUUUCAUCCCUUUUUUUAAAUCAGUUUUACCAAGACUUAACAAUGCCAAAUGCCGCAUCUACAUUUUCAAACAUAUCAAACCAAGGAAAUUAGCCUAUAAAAAUAGGUGAAUCUGAUUAAGCAGACUAAUGAAUUUCCAAACAACACUAUAUAGUCCGUAUGUUUCUUUGAAAUGGAGCACCGCAGACAUAUUCUUGAAGAAUCAGGAAAACCACGACGCAGAUGUCGACAAAUUAACAGAAUCUAUUUAAACCAGAAAUAAAUGCAAAAAUAAAUUCGAAUGCCUAGCUUGUAUGCUGAUAUGCUAUUUAUACAAGAACGCAAACCAUCACUUAACGUGGAAUCGGACUCGACUCGUGUUAAUCUUUUCCAUUAAGAAAUCUACAUAAUAAUGAACCAUGUUCAAAUGCAAUCUAAUUUACUUAAACUUCGACCCUUAAACAACUUUGAAACUUAACAUUUCUUAUUCUCGAUAAUGAUGUUAGAAAUUAUCGAAAAGUCGAGUAACGUUUUUAAGCAUAAAUUUUCUUUUUAAAUGCCUCAACAAGCAACUGACUAACAAGAAUGUCACCUGAAUACGGUAGCAUGAGUUUAUAUGUCACUUAAAGUUAUUAGAAUAAUAAAUUUUCUUAAUAAGCGACAGGUGUAUAUGAAAUUAUAAGUUACACCCCGUGCACCACAGACUGCAGACAAACUGGGAAUCUGAGCCUUAAAGGGGAGGAAAUAAAUGGGUUACGGAAUCGAAAUUUUAAGACAUUAAAUGCCAAAUGCGAAAAUACUGUGAGUGAUAUAGAAUUAUGGACUGCAAUAAUUACUAAAAAAGACUCAAAUGUUUUUUGUUAUUCUUUUUCCUCUCUUAUUCUUUUAAUUUUUUUGCAUAACACAGUAAUUUUUUUUGUCGUAUUGGGAGUUUUUGUGCUUGACUAACACUUUUUUUAAUUGGCAGUAGUAUACAGUUUUAAGGUGGCUCGGACCUAUUUAUAUGCCCAUUGGUUAUGUUUUUGAAUCGCUUUUUUCGGCAGGAAUGAUUUAACCGAUUUCUAUGAUUUUUGGCAUCCUUAAUAAAAAAUGGUGCAACUUUAGGAAAAUGUUUUUUUUUUAUUUUCUUGUAGGUAUAAAAACGCUUGAGAUAUCGGCAUAUGUUUAAAACCGUAUUUUUGCAAAAAAAGUCAAUAACUUCGAAACACUACCUAACGACAGAUUUUUCUCUAACUUCAGCAAAUAAUUCAGAGCUCUCUACUUUUAUACCUGUAAGUUUGAAGUCAAUCGUGACCGUAGAACUCACUGAACAAAAUGCUGGUCAACUGAAAUUUGACCUCAAAAUGCAACGCUAACAAAUUUAUUUUGUGAAAGUUGACGAACAAAAAAGAGAAAAGUACAGAAGGAUUAUCUCCUAUCUGCAAGGAUAUUCUUGCCCAAAGUUUUAUUGCAAGAAACCGAGUAAUCAGAAACCUACGGCGAAUACAGUUCGCAAUACAAGAAGAACUACUUUAUGCUGAAUGCGGCGCAAGAUUAAAGAACUUCUAUUUAUCAAAAGUUAGUGUGUUUUUGCAGUUCUCUUUUCGAAAAAAAUCUUAACAAAGCAAAAUAUAGCAUUUGCAGAAAUCACCAACCAGUUUUUAGCACCGAAAGGUUCCCGUCUUGAGAAGAAAUAAAGCCACCAACUUUAGUACUUCAACCAAUCCAUUUUCAGCUGCAACGAAAACCCUUGUAAUUGGUAAUUUAUUCAAGCUUGAAUGUUAGAUUUGCCAUCACAUUCGCACGGGCAGUUUGCCAUUUUUCAUAUUUUUCUUCAUUUUCAUCCCCAAGUGGCAAAUUUCCCGUGCGAAUGUGAUGACAAGUUUAAAAGCUUAAAGUGAAUAAAUUACCAAGUACAAGGGCUUCCAGUACAGCUGAAAAUGGAUGUUUAGAAGUACUCAGGAGUUGGUGGUUUUAUUUCUCCUCGAAACGGAAACCUGCGACGCUAAAAACUGUUGACAGUUUUUCGUAGAUGCUAUAUUUUGCUUUGUUAAGAUUGGUUUCGAAAAGAGAGGGACCAAAACAAAGUAAGUUUGAUGAAUGGAAAUUCAGUCUAUAAUCUUGCGGGCAGUUAGCAUAAAGUUGUCCCUCUUGAGAUGUGACCUGUAUUCGUCGUAGGUUUCUGAUGACUCAGUUUCUUGCAGUAAAGCUUUGGCCAAGAAUACCAUUGUAGAAAGGAGAUAGUCCGUCGGCACUCGUCCUCUAUUUGUGCGUCAACUUUCACAAAUGUUUUAGCGCUGCAUUUCAAGGUUAAAUUUGACCAGCAUUUUGUGCAGUGAGAUCUACGGUCACGAUUGACUUCAAACUUGCAGAUAUAAAACUGAAGAGCUCUGAGGCUUAUUUGCUAAAAUUAGAGAAAAAUCUGUCGUAGAGUUUCCAAGUUAUUCAUGGCAUUUUUUGUAAAAAUGCGGUCUAAAACAUUGCCGAUAUAUCAAACGUUUUUUUCACCUACAGAAAAAUAAAUGACAUUUUCUUAAAGUUGCAUUAUUCUUUAUUAAGGAUGCAGAAAAUCAUAGAAAUCGGUUAAAUCGCUCUUGCCAAAAAACGCGAUUUAAAAACAUAACCAACGCGCAUAAAAGUAGGCUCAGGCCGGGACUAAACAUGUCAAACAACUGGCGUUAGCAUGGCCCGCUUACUUAACUUAAUUGGCCCCAUCAUUUAAAAUCUCCUUAUGCUGGCCAACUUUCUUUAUCAUUCAAGUGAUAAACUAACUCUUUGCACCAACUUCUAUCGUUUGUAGGAUUUUGAAAAGUAAGUGACAUCCUUUUUCCAGAAUCAAGUGGGGAUUCAUUGUCCAUCUGAAUGGCAAUGAGGUACCUCGUCCACAUCAAAUUACUUUUUCUGUUAAGCCAUGUAUUCAACAGGGUGAUUUCAGAACAUUGCAUAAAAGGUGAGGAAUCCAUUUAUGGCUGGAAGUUACAAGGAUACAUUUACAAGACUAUGAUGGCAAACUUCGGAUAUGAGUGCGUACUUACCUGUCGUCAAGACAAAAGAUGUCAGAGUUUCAACUGGGUGAUCUCUCUUGACAUGUGUGAGUUCAGUAACAGAACCAAAGAAGCCAGACCUGAGGACUUUGUACCAGACCCAGACAGAUAUUAUUAUAGAAGAGACGUGAAUAGAGGUAAAAUGAACUAACAGGCUGGUAAUUAUAGAAUUAUGUUUUAAAGAGUUACUGUACCUCUUCUCGGACUAUGUACUUAUAAUUAUACAGCGAAAUAUAUCCUUUAUUAGGGACCUUAAACUACACCGUUUCUGCCUAUAAGUUCGGAUAGGCCCACAUGUUUGUUUGGAAUCUGAUUGCUGACAUCAGUCAAUGGAUGCAUUCGGAUAAGUUAAAACUGAAUUCGGAUAAGACAGAAUGUCUUAAGCUUCUGAUUGGAACGAGACAACAACUUCAGAAAGUCAGUAACAUCAGUACCUUAUCGGUCGGCGACUCCCAAGUUGCUCCAUCUUGUGAAGUUCGUAACCUGGGAACCUGGUUUGAUUCGUAAAAUGAGUAUGCUAAGUCAUAUCAAUAGAAAUUGCUUAUCCGCUUUCUAUUAUCUUUAUAGCAUGCGUUAAGAAUCGUAAUCAGUCACCGAAUCAUUAUAGUUCAUGCUUUUAUAACCAGUAGAUCAGAUUAUUGUAACUGUCUACUAUAUGGGCCUCCCGAAUUCAUAUAUCAUGAAACUCCAACGGAUACAGAAUGCCGCGGCUCGGUUGGUCAGUGGAACACCAAGAUUCUGCCAUUUUACACAAUUGCUUUUCCACCUUCAUUGGCUUCCGAUAAGUUACCGUAUAAAGUUUAAGAUUCUGCUUUUGACUUUUAAGUGCUUAUAUGGUCAAGCUCCUAAUUAUUUAAUACAUGCAUCAGGAGUUCUGGACUUCCUGUUGGAUCGCACGGCAUUAUGGGUAGGCGGGCUCAGAAAAGUGGGCAUCAACUUGCAGCUUCGCCAUAUUGGAUUACAUCGAGAGUGGAAUUACAUCGAAUUACACGUGCAGGAAUUUAUAAGAAGAACCAAAUAAAAGGUAUUUUAAAGGUAAGCUAUUGUUUCAUUACCUCUUGGCAACGUCAUUCUAACGAUUUUAGGCUGCAGAGUGUAGUCGAUUUGAGAUGGUACGAGUAUGAUUUUUGCUUAUUUUAUACUCAGACUUAUGUCGUAUUUCUUUUGUUUUAAUGUAGAUUAACUUUGUCCAUGGGAUUCGGCCACAGAAAUUGUGUGGUCUUAGGCUGUCCCAACAGUGGACAGAGGCUUGGGAAGUGGGCAGCUACGACCUGUGAGCUUCAUGGUUGUAAAAAUGGUUCAAGCAUGUGUGACUGCCAGCCACCCUUCAAAUUAUUCCCGUUCCCGACAGAAAAGAAGAACCCGGAACGCCGAUUACAAUGGGCAAAAAAUAUAAGCAGGAACAGUUUGAAUGGGACUCUUUGGAUGCCUAACAACGAUUCAAGAGUUUGUAAUCUACACUUCGUUGACGGUGAACCAACGGCUGAAAACCCAGACCCAACUUUGCAACUUGGUCACAGCAAGAAAACGAGAGCCUCCAAACGCCCACCACCAACGCCACGGGAUAACUCUCUUGCAGUAAGAUCCAGAAAACGAGCUAAGCUAGAUACAUGUAGCGAUGAAAUACCAGUACCUGUUCUUGACCACUCAGCUGACAACCUGGCUUGUGAUGAUGUUGAGCUCCAAGACCCUGAGCCCUCUACUUCUGUCAAUGAUUGUGUUGACAUAGACAGAGCAUCCGUAAUUCAUGACCAUUGCUAUGUCUAUGGCUGGUAUGAAAUUAAUGAAAAUUCGAAUUUUUGCAUGAACACAUGUUGCUUGAAAAGCAGACAAGACAAAGACAAAAAAAUCGUGGAACUUUCAGAGAAAAUACAGGAGCUAAGUGAAAAAGUGAAGUUGCUGGAAGUUCAAAUUGUAGCCAAACAGGAUAAGGGAUUGAAGCAUUCAGAUCUGAGAAAUGACCAGACUGUAAAUUUACUGACUGGUAUCCCAUCAAAGCCUGCCUUUCACAAAUUAUUUGACUCUGUCAAAGGAUCUAUAAAAAAAGUGAGAUAUUGGAGUGGCCCUAAGAAAACAUCCAGAAAAGGCAGGAACUUUAGGAAAUCACCAAAAAAAUUUGGACCAAACCGGGCUCUUUCUCAAAAGGACGAGUUUCUUUUAACACUAAUGAAACUCCGUUUGGGAUCCACCAAUGCAGACCUUGCACAAAGAUUUGGAAUUUCACGAAGUACCGUAUCAACUAUUUUCAACACAUGGGUCAAAAUUUUGGCUAAUGAACUGAAAUGCCUAAUAUACAAUCCUAGCAUGGAAGUUGUUAAGAAAACACUGCCAAAGAAGUUCAAAAAACCAGGAUACUGCAAGGUGCGCCAUAUAAUAGACUGCACUGAAAUUUUUAUAGAGACCCCAAGCAACCCUGUAAUCAGAGCAUCAACGUGGUCAGAUUAUAAGCACCACAAUACUGCAAAAAUCCUAGUUUCAGACACCCCAAAUGGGGCCUUCAACUUCAUCUCCGAGGCAUGGGGUGGGCGCACCUCAGAUGUCCAUUUGACAAGGGAAUCAGGGUUUUACAACAUCCUUGAGCCAUAUGAUGCAGUAAUGGCAGAUCGUGGAUUCACUAUUGCAGAGGAUCUUUUGCUUCACAGAGCCGACCUUUUUAUUCCGCCAGGGAAACGUGGACAAGAACAGUUCACGAAAGCUGAUGUACAGAAAACUAAAACAAUAGCUAAUCUACGCGUUUUUGUAGAACGGGCCAUCAGGCGGCUGAAAACAUUCCGUAUAAUCAAGAACGAACUGCCCAUCUCUCUUAUUGGUAAUCUUGAUAACAUUAUUAUUGUCUGUGCUGCAUUAUGCAAUUUGUACAAGCCUCUCUGCAAGUAACACGUUAUUUUUGGCACAAGAUAUAGAGUCAAAUGUGUAAUUCACGAGAAAAUCCAUACCCCCACUAUGGAGGGAAAUUGGAAAUUCCAGGGGGGGGGGUCAAUUUUGCCACCUGUUUUAUAGGAGAUAAACAUCCAUAAAAACACUACUGCACUUUUCAUUUGGAAAUUCCUUAGGGGUUGGGGGAUCGUUUGAAAAAUAAUUCCCCCCAUGGUUUGGGUAUGGGCUUUUUCUGCCUCUUCUGGAAUAACACAAUUCAAGAUAUCAAUAGUAUGUUCACAGGUUUAGUGAAACUGAUUUCCUUGCACUGGUAGGAAGACAUUACCACAAAUAUGCAUAAACAGGGGCUUAGCCAGGGGGGGACUAAAGGGCCUGGCCCACCUCUCUGAAAAGUAAUAUAUAGUAAAUAUAUGAGACAAUCAAGUCCAGAAAAAGCUCGGGCCUCUCCCUUUUAAGCCUUGGGCCCCUUUGAGCCCCUUUUAACAAAACCCUGGCUACCCCAGUAAUACAAAAUUUAUGUUGAUGUCUUAAUAAGACCAGUGUAAUCAGUGUAGGAAGCAAUUUUUUUAUUAACAACUUGAUGAAUGUUUUAUACUUUUGACAUUAGAUAUCAAGGAUCAAAUAAAGCAAUGACUAAUACAAUAAUACAUGUAGUUGUUCAAUUAUAUUGUGCAGGCUCCAUGGAAAUAUGAUUGCCUGUUUAUAUAAUCAGUCAGAUCCAUUUUCUAGGUAUUUUUUUAAACAAUUUAUUUUUGCAGUAGUUUCAGGGCUGGUGAAAGACAAUUACUAUAAAACCAGGUUAGAUUUUCUUCAAGCCUAUGCCAGUAUGUGGCAUUAAAUCUGAUUGUUUCCAAGUGAUAGCCCUUUCGUGUGUAUACAAAGAAAUAGCCCAAUUGCCUCUUUGUUAUGGCCAUCUCACCCUGGACCUGUGCAAAGUACUGAUGCUGCUGCUUUAAAGCUACUUGUCCAUUACACAUACAUAAGUAUGACAGAUUAUCUGCUGAGGGAAUUUCAUUGGCAAUGCUAAAAGGGUUCUUGAUCUCUACUACUGCUUCCCCACAACAAGAGCACUCUAUCAGUAAGUCUGGGGAUGCUCCCAAGUACUGUUUAGUUUUAUCAAUAAAGAUACCACAUUCUCUAUACCUAACAUCCUUGUGGUGUUUUUUGAAGUAUUUGAUGAAUUCCUUAACUGCAAUGGGCUCCAUAUCUCUGCCAUAUUUAAGAGCUGGUAAAUUUGUAGGUGGUUUAGCUUUUCCCAAUAAGCUAUCAACAAGUUUAUCGGCACUAUUUUCUUCAUUGACUUUCAUUGAUUCUACUUUAGUGAAUACUCUAUAAAAGUUUGAGGCAGUUAUUCUGCCCUCCCUUUGCUGGUGCCAAGCCUCAUUAUCAGCCUGGCCAACAGUUAUUUUCUCUAUAGCAUCAAUUUCAUCACUGGAGAGUAUGUUACUUUCUCUAGGAGUAGAUAUUGGCUGCAGUGGCUCUGGUGUGCAUUCAGCUUGACUCACUGAUUCUACUUUAGUCAAUGCCCUGUAAACAUUUGAGGCAGUUAUUCUGCCCUCCCUUUGCUGGUGCCAAGCCUCAUUUUCAGUCGGACCAACAGUUAUUUCCUCUAUAGCAUCAAUUUCAUCACUGGAGAGUAUGUCACUUUCUCUAGGAGUGGAUAUUGGUUGUAGUGGCUCUGGUGUGCAUUCAGCUUGACCCAUCAACACAAAACAGGAGUCUGGAAAUGUAUCCUUUAAAUUCUCGUAGAAACUUCUCCUUCUCUCACUGUCAUCCAGAGCCCUCUUUUUUUCUACCGGCUGAAAGAGGCUACGCCUGCUGUCUACAGUUGGUCUGGUAGGUUCUUAAGAAAACAAAAACAAAGCUGAUCAAAUCAUGAGGUAAUCAUAGGCUCAGAGGUUGCUACAUUUUGUGGUAAUAUUACAGGGACACUGUAUCGUGAUGCUGCAUGAAUGAAGUUCAGCCUUGUUUGCAAAAUAGUUUAGCAUAUUCAUUUUUCAGCAUUUCUCCAAUAGCAGUGAUUCCUAUGUCCUAUGUUUACUAUAUCUUACUUAGUUACCUUUAUUUAGUUUUGAUGACUUCCAAUUCAUGUCAGCAAUCUUUGUUGGCUUGAUAACUGUCUUUUCUGAUGGGACAUUCCACACACAUUGUCUUGAUGUGCAAGCUGGGUUGGUCAUUCCACUUCUAUUAGCAGCCUCAACUCUAAACAGCAAUGCUGUGAUGUGAAUACAAGAGCUGCUCAUUCUGAAAUUAUAAAAAAGGGAAUGAAAAUAAUCAUGUAGCAUCUAAAAACCUCAACACUGUUGGGGGGCUCAAGAAUAAUAUUGCCCUGCUCCUAGUUUUGUGAAAUUCAUCUCCCAAUUAUUUAAUAAUUAGACCUCAAGUCAGAAUGUGCUAUAUGACAAAUGCACCACAGGGCCAGAGGCCAAUACCACAAAAAGAUGCAAAUUCUAAUUGUUUUAGUAUAGACCAACAAGUUAAUCUGUUUUGUGAGUGUGGAUACCAUUAUUUUGUGUUGAAAAAAAAUCAAAUUGCAAGAAAGCAGGUGGUUUUGCCAGGCACGGCCUAUCAUUAAUAGGCCAUUAGUUGCUCACUCAAUCAGAAUGAAGGAUUUGUAAUAGACCACUAGUUGGUUUAUACUAUACCAUGACUCUCUCUUAGUUUCAAGGAGCUUGUACCCUUUUUAAUUCCAUGGUUGAGUCCCUACCACCAUAUAGCACCAUCACACCAGUAACAUGAAACUAUGAAAUGAGAUGAAAAAUAGGGUUUGACCCUACAAAUUAAUACUAAUUUAUGUUCACUUUUAUCUGUCUUGGUAAUACAAACCCAGCAACACAUGUACAGUAGGCAUUGACUAUAAAGCCAUUAUUCUUGUUCGCACAAAUCCAUGCAGAAUGCGGUGUAUCCGAUAUUUUCAUGGAAUGAGUGCAUUUUGCUUUUAAAAAGCAAUAUUCCGAGUCAUCCGUGAUUUUAUGAUAUGAUAUCUCUUUCAACCAGCCAGAGUCAAACAAACGAUACGCCUUCCCUUCUUUGUAUUCAUUUAGGACGCGUUUGUGGAAGUCAACAUCCUUCCCUGGGUGAUCAAUCAUCAAAAACAAUGUUAUAUCACUCAGGUAUAUCGGCGGCCAAGAAGUCAUGUUCUCGCUUUCCUUCACCCAGCCAUCCUUCAGUUUCAAAGGAUCUGGAACUGAGGUCCCGUUUGGCAUUAUGAGUAAUUUUGCCUUCUCUUUUUCGGUAGUAGCAAUUCGUUCCAGAGCAGUUGGCUUGAUGGAAAUGCCCAUUUCUGCCGCGGCAAAUACGCGGGCUACAAGUUCAGCUUUGGUUCCUGAAACCUUCAAGUCCCGCUUGCGACAGAACUCUUUCAGUUGCUCAGGUUUCCAUGUCUGGAUAACCUCGAAAGGCAGCUCUUCACGACUCAUAUCACACCUACAUUAUAACAAAAUAAAUAAAAAGUUAAAACGUAUUCAACUAUCAGAGCUUCACCUCUGCUCCGACUUCUGUCCAUUCAUUUAGUUAGGAGAUAAAAACAAAACGGAACAGAAAUACGACUCCUUACCUGUUUUGGCCUUGUCACUGGAGUUUCUGUAAGUGAGUCUCGUUUCGAUUCGAUUAUGAAUACAAAGGGUAAUAAAUCAAGCGAAACAACUUCAAACAAGCAGAGAUGGCGACCAAACAAGGAUUUGAUGCCCACUUAUCUCAGUCCAACUGUAUUUUCUAUAUUCCUGCACGUGUAAUCCAAUAUGGCGAAGCUGCAAGUUGAUGCCCACUUUUCUGAGCCCGCCUACCCACAAUGCCGUGCGAUCCAACAGGAAGUCCAGAACUCCUGAUGCAUGUAUAGGCUCGAUUUCCGCCGUCUCCCGGGUCCGGUCAAGAGUCUAUAUUCCUCGAGUUACCUGGCAUUAAGACCCAUCCAACUCUUGCACUGUUCCAGUCAGCUGCACCUUAGCUUAUCUCUGGAAUGCGUUACCUUCGGCAAUUCGCAACAUAAAGACAUUGGACACUUUUAAGACUGCUGUUAAAACUCAUCUUUUCAAUUUAGCUUUUAAAUAGAUUUGAUUGUUGGCUUUUACUGUAUUUUUUUUAUAGUUUUUAAUAGCUUUUAUUGUAGUUUUUAAUAGUUUCUUAAAACGCUUUAGUCACCUUUAAAAUAAAUUAAAUAUAACAAUAUUGUAAAGCGCAAUCGAAUAUAUGGGAUGAGCACGAAUCCGACUCUACCACCCAUAAAAGAAAGACACUAGAGGUGUUCACUAGCAAAGAUUCAGAUAAGUCUCUUAAGGCUCUUCCUAAAGGCUCGCGCUUAAACAGGUACUUCACGCACAUUCAUUGCCAAAGGGUAGCGCAUUUUAUUAAUGACAGAUUUUUCUUCCAGUUCCUCUCGGUUCCAUUCCUGAGCUCCCAGCAGAAACGUGUAAAGAGAUCAAAGCAAGUGAAGGAGAAGCCAUAAGCAAGAAAUACUGGAUGAGUAUCAUUAAACCUGGUUUCACUGUUCUCGCUCAUUGCGAUAUGAAGUCCGAAGGCAAGUAGGCUGAAAACUUCUUAUCAAACAAGAAGUUCAGUUCCUUAUUGGCAGAAAAAUAUUCCUGUUUAAUUCAGGUGUUUUCCGAAAAUUCCUCACACCAAUAAAUAAACUUAAGGCAGUCAAAUAUGUAGUAAUUUUCAAGAAACUGUCCCAUCAAGCCUUGCCUUUGCUGGUUGGGUAGCAGGAAUAACCAGUUGAUGGUCAUUAACUACAAUCUAUAAUUAUACUGUAUUAACUUUAGAGGUUUGCUUUGCAUUUGAGAAGCUCAAGAAGCUUGGGGUGCAUGUAUUAUUUGGCUGUUCCUUGUUUUUGCUCAGAUGUUGACGAAUGCACGGCUUCUUUUCCCGUCUGUGACGUAAAUGCCCAGUGUACGAACACUCGUGGAUCCUAUACCUGUACAUGCAAGCUUGGCUUCUCUGGUGAUGGAAAAACAUGCAAAGGUUUGUGUUUGUGGGAGACUCGUAAGAAAACAAAUCAAAUGCGAUUUUUACAUACAAAUCACAUAGCGAUUUUUAUGAAAUUGUAUCGCCAAGGUUCGACCUCGUUUCAUUGUAGAUAGAUAGAUAGAUAGAUAGAUAGAUAGAUAGAUAGAUAGAUAGAUAGAUAGAUAGAUAGAUAGAUAGAUAUAUAUAUAGAAAGUAAACUUCUGUGUCGAAUGAAGAUACUAAAAAUAAUGAAAAACGAAAGUCUUCUUUGCUUUUGCGCUACGCGUUAGUAUGCUGGGAGUCAGUAAGCAUAUCGAUGAAUGUGCGGCGGGAUUGACUCCUCAGUUUACUAUCUUUCCGUUUUACAAGAUUCUCAGCCCCUCCGAGGGCAUGAGAAAAAACAAAGAGAGGUUUUUUAUUUUGAAAUAUAAACCCGUUCUUAAUGAUUUGAAAUUACGCUAAUUGCUCGCGCGUGCUACGAAUUACAAGAGCCAUUAUAAUUGUAAUUACAAUUACGUCUGUGACGCGAUAAGUUAAUAAAAACACUUUGCUAUGCCUGAAGAGCCGCAACAGCGGUGAAACGCGUAGCGCAAAAGCAAAGAAGACUUUCGUUUUUCAUUAUUUUUAGUAUAUAUAUAUAUAUAUAUAAAUAUAUAUAUAGGUAUAGAUAGAUGUAGAUAGAUAGAUAGAUAGAUAGAUAGAUAGAUAGAUAGAUAAUAGAUAGAUAAUCUUUAUUUAUCAACGGUCAAUUCAUCAGCCAAAAAAUUACAGUUCAAAUAAGAAAACAUUGUAAACUAUCUACAUUAUAAAAAAUAUUAAUUAAAAUAAAAAGCUGCCUUUCCACGAAUGCCGCUCCCUAGAGUACUUGUUUAAGAAGACACCUAAAUUUCGUAAGGGACUCUGCUUGCCUCACAUUACACGAGAGUUUGUUCCAUAGGUGGCGCCACUUUAGCUAAAGCUAUUUUUGUAAUAAUUAAUUCCGUGGUAAAGGGAGGCUCUAGGGUUAUAUGCUGUUGUGUUUCCUUGAUCGAGAGGAAUGCGAUAAAGGUCUCUUGAUGAAGGGACAAUGUACAACUUGAAAGUCAUAAACUACUUUAAGAUUAAGUUACAGGUUUGCUUUGCAAUCAAGAAGCUCAAUAAGCUAGUGUUCCUUGUUUCAUUUGGCUUUUAUUUUCUUUGCUCAGAUAUUGACGAGUGCAAAGCUUCUUCUCCCGUCUGUGACGUCAAUGCCCUGUGUUCGAACACUCGUGGAUCCUUUAGCUGUGCAUGCAAGCUUGGUUUCUUGGGUGAUGGAAAAACCUGCCAAGGUUUGUCAGUGAAAACAAAAUACGAACAUAAAGAAAGAAGGGUAUUAUGCGGGCUAUAUUAUUUUUGAGAUGCGUAAGAGUUCCAGCAUGUUAUCAUCAGAUUAGGCCCACUCUAAACCUGCACUAUGUCCUUAAGGCAACAGCCUUCCCCCCGUACUCGUAGUUGUUCUCUCAAAAGCAGCAACAAACUCGGUAAUUAAGAUGGCAAUAAAUCCAAAUACUUUCACUCAUUAGACAAAUCAUUUCUGAACAAUUCCUCAGUCGUUGUGUUUAAUUUUAAGAAAAUGAAUCAGUUGACAGGUUCAUUUUGCCAUUUUAAGCAACAACUUGUCAAAUAUUGAGUUGCUGUUCCUUUUUUCAUAGGGUGUACCGUCUUCACUGUAUUAUAAUUUUCAAGGAUAUUAUAAAAUCCUCUGAUUAUAGUCGUAAGCUGACAUCAACGAGUGCAGUCAUAUCCCCUUCGCCUUGAAUAGGCCCCUGUAGCACCUCGACUAGAAACCUUAAGGUCAUACGUUCGACACCUAUUGGGAGUAUUCGGACUUUUUCUUCCGAGCCGCAUUUGUCAAUGACUGACAAAAACCCCUUUCUCAUGUAUUCACCAGUCUUAAAAUUCUCCAUCACAUUUCUACCUUUGACAGCCCUAGUUUAUCGGCGCGUAGACCGUCCCCCGCAUUCUUGAGAACAAACACACCAACUUAAGCAGACAUAGCAGACUGAUUUGUGUGAAACUAUCCACUUUGCAAGCCUCGGCCUUGUUUAAUUGUGUUUGCCAGCUGUAGUGACUACGCUUAGUUAUUAUAUUAAGCUUGUUUCAGUUGGCUGUUUCGCUUUUUUGGCACAGAUGUUAACGAAUGCACAGCUUCUUCUCCCGUGUGUGAUGUCAAUGCCCAGUGUACGAACACUCGUGGAUCCUAUACCUGUGCAUGCAAGCGUGGCUUUUCUGGUGAUGGAAAAACAUGCAAAGGUUUGUGUUUUGACUUUGACGGCCCUUGUUUAUCGGCACGUAGACCGUUCUCCCGCAUUCUUGUGAACGAACACACCAACUUGAGCAGACAUAGCACAGUGAUUUGUCUGAAACUAUCCACUUUGCAAGCCUGACGGCCUUGUUUAAUUGUGUUUGCCAGCUGUAGUGACUACGCUUAGUUAUCAUAUUAAGCUUGUUUCAGUUGGCUGUUUCGCUUUUUUGUCACAGAUGUUAACGAAUGCACAGCUUCUUCUCCCGUGUGUGAUGUCAAUGCCCAGUGUACGAACACUCGUGGAUCCUAUACCUGUGCAUGCAAGCGUGGCUUUUCUGGUGAUGGAAAAACAUGCAAAGGUUUGUGUUUAGACUUUGACGGCUCUUAUUUAUCGGCACGUAGACCGUCCCCCGCAUUCUUGUGAACGAACACACCAACUUGAGCAGUCAUAGCAAAGUGAUUUGUGUGAAACUAUCCACUUUGCAAGCCUCGGCCUUGUUUAAUUGGGUUUGCCACCUGUAGUGACUACGCUUAGUUAUUAUAUUAAGUUUGUUUCAGUUGGCUGUUUCGCUUUUUUGUCACAGAUGUUAACGAAUGCACAGCCUCUUCUCCCGUGUGUGAUGCCAAUGCCCAGUGUACGAACACUCGUGGAUCCUAUACCUGUGCAUGCAAGCGUGGCUUUUCUGGUGAUGGAAAAACAUGCAAAGGUUUGUGUUUAGACUUUUACGACCAUCAUCAAGCAUCAAGCACCGUGAAAGAAUACUCAUUCUCUGUUUAUAUAACAUAGAUCUUUCCCAAAUUUCUAUAAAGAAAUGUAAAGGUUUGUGAGAUUUUUAAACGACCGUAAGAGAGGAUGGCAUCAUGGGUGUUAUAAGAAAUUUAAAACCAAGCAUAUUAUCAUCGAGACCCACUUCACAACUGUACUAUCGUAGUGCAAACAAGCCUUUUAUCAUUUUCUCUCUGUACACGAAUGCCAUUUUAUCUAAAAGCAUGAAUGCACUGUAAAAUGAAGUGCAUAUACUUUCAACACAUCUCUUCACUUAAAUGAAACAACUUACUCAAAGUCGUUGUCUUUUGUUCAUUUUUACAGACAUGACUUCCACAGGUUCAAUAUUGUUUCAAGUUAUUGUCUUGCUUUAGUUAGCAUGUAUCUUCUAUACUGUACUGUUUCUUCCAGUAUAAGGGCACCUUUUUGUCCAAUCGUGGAUAUCAAUGAGUGCAGCGCUCUCCCCUCCGUUUGUGAUGUGAAUACUAACUGCCAGAACAAAGUAGGCUCUUAUCUCUGUACGUGCAAACCUGGUUUUGUUGGAAACGGGAAAGCGUGCCAGGGUAUCUGCAAAUUUUACUUUAAAUUGCACGAGGUUUUUACUGUAACGUUGCAAGUGUCUAUUAUUUAAAAAGUACUAAGAUCUUUGACAACGAAAACAAGGAAAUAUAAAAUGUCGGACGUUUCGGCUAUAUGAAAAGGGCAUAGAUGCUCGUCUUCUCUUUUGGAGGGGGUUGUCGUAAAUUGCAUAAUUUUCGGAGUUUAGGACAAAUCACGCCAAAUUUUGACAAAUUGCGUUAUUUACAAGCAAACGGGGAAGAAAGAAAAAGGAAAAAAAUAUUAAAAUACAACAAGUUUAACGAAGUUAAAAGUAUCUAUAGCUUCUAUUUGGCUGCCUAUUUUAACAAGUUAAAUUUUAACGUUCAGAUUAAGCAACUGAGCAACACCAUAUUGGUUUCUUUCCUGUUGAGAUGUUUUAAUUUUGUUCCAUUCACAUAUGAUUUCCCUCCCUGUUAAAGGAUUAUGGUUUCUUGUAGCCACAGUCGAACCUCCACUAACGGCCACCUCUCAGCAACAGCCACUUUUUUGUUCAGACGGACAGUCCGGUCCAUACAUUAACUUUUAUGGAAACCUCUGUAUAAUGGCCACCUCUCCACAAGGGCAACGGCCUCUAAAACGUGUCCCCAAGUGCGAAAAUAACCUCUCGACAACGGCCAGUUUUUUCAGCGACUAAUGAAAAAAUCAAAAACGGUCAUGAAAUUUGAUCCGUAUGACGUGUUGAUGAUAAACCGCGGCAAUCGUAUUUUGAUUUUGUUUCAUUUUUACUGCUGCAAUAAUUCUAAGCAUAAAUUCUCUAAGAAAAAAGCAGAUGUUGCGAACCUUUCUCGUUUUGUCCUGUUAACAUUUUGAUUUAAGACAUAAUUCAAGAUUUUUGCGUAUUUUAUCUCUAUACAUUAUUUAUGACUGGAUUAUUAUCAUUAUGGGGGACAGCAAGUAUGAACGUAGGAAAAUAGACAUGUUGUACUCUCUUAAAAAAUUGUCAUUUUACACCCCUCUACACAUCGGCCACUUUCUUCUGACCCCAAGGUGGCCGUUGUGGAAAGGUUCAACUGUCCAUUCAAAUUGAUUUGUUUAACGAUCGAAUAGCGCAACGUCGAUGGCCUUCAUUUCUAUGCCUAAUUCAAAACAAACCAUGUAUAUAACUGGUACUGAUGGUAAGAAACUUUGUUCUGCAGUCUCAAUCACAUGCAGCCAGAUAAAGAGAAUCGAUAGCAAAGCAACUGAUGGAAUUUACAGAGUUACGCCAUCUUCCUCAACUUUCCAAGUAUGUUUUAGUUUUAUACAUUAUUUAAUGAAACUGCAUCAAGGACGAUUUAUUCUCUUGGUUUAUGGCUUGCCAGUGACCUCUUCAUUUCACCCAGUGAUGAUGGUGGACUAAUUAAAGGGAGGAUGAGCUUAAAGGGCAACAAAUCGUGAUUGGAAGUUCGAGGUCCUACACUGCAGAGGUCAAUUUGUAAUGGCUUGAACACGGCAAAUAUUAAUAGCUGAUUAAAAUUAUAAACCCGUAAAGAUGAUACCUAAUGGAUGUGGGGGUAAACGUUUGUUACCUUUGGAAAUUUAAAGUUCUCUUCUAAAAAGGCUUACAUUGUCGCGAGCUUCUCGUGCAGAUGCAUUCCAACAAGGUUCAAAAUAAUGGUUUUUAUUAAAAGAAUUAUCAAUGCGCUUACAAUGGUAAAUUAAUCUGAAUGGAAAAAAAAUAAAGUGUUCAAACGUUUCUUAAAAGUGUAUGCAAAUUCAGAGCAUUUGAUAUGAUGAAGUAAACUUUUCCAGAUUUUCGGUGCAUAAGCGAUAGCCAUAAGUCUAGGAAACAGAAGCGGAACUUGCAAGAAGUGAAGACAAAUAGUGAGGAGUCAAAUCACAUGCAAUUUUGACAUUGAUGUGUGCAAUAAUAGUAAGCCAGUGCAAGUUUUUCAUGACAGGAGUUAUAUGGUCGGUUCUUUUUAUUCGUUGAAUCAAGGGUGCGGCACAGUUCUCAACACGUUGGAGCUUAUCUAUUUCUCGGCUUGCUAGGCCACUGUAUAAACUGUUACAAUUAUCCAAGAGCGACAUUGAACAUCAUAUUAAGGUGAUUCUUGCUCAGAUACUUCCUUAAUCAUUCAAUAAAUCGAAUCGGCAGCAUAGCCUUUUUGCACAUUUCAUUAAUAUGAGGACGACCAUUGAGCUCUCUAUCUAGGUUUACACCAAGAUUACAACUCGGUCUGAUGGUUGUACUCCAGCGUUGCCAAUCGAAGAAUCACUAAGAACUGGGUUCUUGACGAAUGAGAACUAAACUGAAUGACCUUUGUUUUACUAGGAUUGCCCGCUAACUUAUUGAUGGUGUUCCAUUCUAUAACUUAAUCACUAAUACGCUUCUGAAGGGUGCUUACGCCCGGACGUUGAUCAAUUAAGAGGAUCAAUAUCAAUGUAAAGUUGAGAAUCAUUUGAAUAGAAUAUACAGUCUAGGUUAUGAGCAGAGAUCUUGUCCUGAAUAGCUGCAGCAUAGAGCGUGAUCAAGAGAGGUCCUAGUAUCAACCCUAGCGGAACUCCAAAUUCUAGUAUUCUUUGUGUUUACCAAUAAUAACAGAUUGUGUCCGAUCGCGAAGAACAAAAAAAAAACAUUAAAAACCAUUUUAGCACGGUGUGGUAAAAACCAAAAUAACCAUGACUCUGUCUACCAACGAGUAUAGUAUGGUCUACGGUGUCAAAUGCGGCUGACAGAGGAAACAUGAUGUUUACGGUAGGCGGAUUGCAUAGAGUGCAUCAACUGAUUGUUCUCCAAGUAUCAAUGUGUUUGAACCGCGACAACCUUCCGAUGACGUUAGCUAGAAAAGGUAUAUUGGCUACAGGUCUGUAAUUUGUAAAACAUCCUUGUCAUUUUUCUUGGCGAAAACUCUUUAAGCAUGACUUGUUUCUUCAGAAAUCCCUCUUGUAAUAAAUAGUAGCCACAUCGCCAGCAUACACUUAAAUAAUAACAGGAUGAGACGUAAACGUUCUCUGGGAAGAGUUAAAAAUACUCCUUGCUUUUUUUGGAAAAAAAUUAAUUGGAAUGCUAAGUAAACGUAUUCCCCAAAAUCCUUUAAGCCUCAUCGUUCAUGGUUAAUGAAGUUAAUCCUCUUUUAGUGACAAAGUUUCUUCAAUCAGGCGUAUAUCUCAAUAUUAUGUAAAAGUAACACUAAAAUGUUAAUUGUACCCUCCAUUUCUUUGCCACUCCAUUUUACAUUUGGAAUGCAUCUGCACGAGAAGCUCGCGAUAAAUUUCCAAAGGUAACAAACGUUUACCCACACAUUCAUUAGGUAUCAUCUUUACGGGUUUAUAAUUUUAAUCAGCUAUAUUUGUCGCGUUCAAGCCAUUACAAAUUGACCUCUCCGGUGUUGGACAUUGCCUUGCUCUGUUGAAUAGUUGCGUGUUGUGUGCUACAAGAAUAAUUAUCUAGUAUGUUUUGUGAUUCUUAAAUUUGUAGUGAUUUGUAAUCAAAUGGUGACGGAAGGCCGGGAAGUUAUUAGAAUUUUUGGACGAAACGGGCGUGAAAUUAUUCCCUUAUUUCACGAGUAAACUAUUUGAUUACUUUAAUAACUCCGCUCUCUUCCUGUUGCCAUAUAUUUUAGACUCGUGUAUCGUUCCUUUCAGGUAUACUGUGAUAUGACUUCCUCUGGACAAGGGUGGACACUCAUCGCUCGGUUCUCUAACAAAGACGCCAAAAACUGGAUGAGUGAUUCUGGGGUUUGGUGGUAUGACAGAAGAACAAGUUAUGGAAGGACGACUGAUCCAUCAUACAAUGCUGACAUGAUCGCUCCCGCAUUCUGGACGGUCAGAGGUAACGAGUUGAAAAUCACGCGCACUAAUGACCGCCAGCACACCGCUCUCUUGCAGACGAUAGGAAACUGUCUAGGUGGAAGGACAUUUCGAUCGAAAAUCACAGCCUUUGGUAACUUUAGGAAUGGUGCCAUUUGGGCAAGUAACCGAUGUCUGGGUCAUUGUACUGUUCAGUAUGGCGGUCAGUACGCAACAACUGGAGGCUUCAAACAGGCAACAUGCAAAGGAAACAUCCAAGGUGCUAAUGCAAUCGGCUUCUGGUGUGACUGGAGCGGAGGUGAUGGAGCGGUGAUGAUGAUUGGUGGAGGAGGCAAGAACUGUUCACGUGCUGACCACGGAAUUGGAAUAACAGAAGCUGACGCGGCAUCUUUUGAUGAUGGUGGAACCAAAGAACACGAUUUUGGGGAUGAGGCUAACUCGGCACAAGAUACAACAUACUCUUUAAACCUGUGGGUACGUUAAUUAAAGCGUACGGUUUUCCUUUUGCAUGUGCUAUUUCUAUUCACAAAAUUUAAAAUUGUCCAUUUUGAGUGAUGAUCUUGAAGAUGACUUAAUCAUUGAUUAGAAGUUUUUAAUUAGCAUUUUCGUUAAAUAUUAUCUUCAUCGUGAUUUACGCACAGCCAACUUUAGCAGAACAUUUUACGAUAGCAUUCUUAAACUUUAUGCUAUUUUGAAUAACUUUGUAGGACUCCCAAUCCUGACUGGCACAAUAAAAUCCAUGAGCCUUGUUAUUUGGUUGUGC